AUGACUAUAUCCAAGAAAGCUGCAUGCAACUCCCACGGCCAAGAUUCUUCCUACUUCCUUGGAUGGGAGGAAUACGAGAAGAAUCCUUUCCAUGAAUCUACCAAUCCCAACGGAAUCAUCCAAAUGGGCUUAGCUGAAAAUCAGCUCUCCUUCGAUCUACUAGAGUCGUGGCUGGCCGCGAACCCUGACGCAGCCAGCUUCAAACGAGACGGGCAAUCCAUCUUCCGAGAGCUCGCCCUCUUCCAAGACUACCACGGCCUUCCCAUUUUCAAAAAUGCACUUGCACAAUUUAUGGCGGAAAUACGUGGUAACAAAGUCCGGUUUGACCCAAACAACCUCGUUCUGACCGCCGGUGCCACAUCAGCCAACGAAACCCUUAUUUUCUGCCUCGCCGACCCUGGCGACGCUUUUUUACUACCCACGCCCUAUUACCCAGGGUUUGAUAGAGACCUAAAAUGGCGGACCGGAGUGGAGAUCGUCCCGAUACAAUGCACGAGCCGCAACGGCUUCCGAAUCACGUCGCCUGCCGUUGAAGAAGCCUACAAACUUGCUCAAAAACGUAAUCUCAAAGUUAAAGGGGUAUUAAUCACUAAUCCUUCAAAUCCUCUCGGGAUUACUCUAAGCCGGAAAGAGCUCAAUCUUCUCCUCAACUUCGUCGAGAAAAAGGGGAUUCACCUCAUCAGCGACGAGAUCUACUCCGGCACGGUUUUUGACUCGGCCGAAUUCGUCAGCAUCAUGGAGCUUCUACCGAACCGGAAUAAUCCCCAGCUCAUGAACCGGGUUCAUGUGGUCUACAGCCUGUCCAAGGACCUCGGCCUGCCCGGUUUUCGGGUCGGGUCGAUCUACUCCAACGACCGAUUAGUGGUGGCGGGCGCGACAAAAAUGUCGAGCUUCGGCCUUAUUUCGUCUCAAACUCAAUAUCUCCUCUCCGCUAUCCUGUCUGACCAAGUAUUUGCUAAAAAAUACGUGGUCGAGAACAGGAUGAGGCUCAGGAACCGGCACACAGUGCUGGUUUCUGGCCUCAGGAGAGUUGGGAUCUCGUGCCUCGAGAGCAAUGCCGGCUUGUUUUGUUGGGUUGACAUGAGGCACCUUUUGAGCUCCGACUCUCUCGAGGCGGAGAUGGAGCUGUGGAAGAAGGUCGUGUACGACGUCGGGCUGAACAUCUCGCCCGGCUCGUCGUGCCACUGCGCCGAGCACGGGUGGUUCCGCGUGUGCUUCGCGAACAUGACCGAAGACACGCUGGACCUAGCGAUUCGGCGGAUUAAAUCGUUUGUGGAUUCGAUUUCUCCGAUUAAACAUUGCAGGAAUUCGAGAAGCAAAUCGAUUUCGAAAUGGGUGUCUAGGCUGUCGUUUCAUGAUCGUGAAUGUGACCGGUGA